AUGAAUACCUCAAAAACUUUUGCUGCUUUCUUUAUCCUCUUCCUCACUUUAAUCUCUUCCACAAAUGCUCACAUGAGUCUUGUAGCUCCGAAAUAUAGAGGAAGUGACGAAGGCAAGGUAAGCGAGGCUCCUUGUGGAGGUUUUAGUGAUGUAAACACAGCUGCCAUAUCCGAUUUUCCAGUUACAGAUGGUAGAGCAACAACCAAGUACGAAGAUGGUAAUGGAAUGAUGUAUUUCAACUACGCUCCCACCUCUGAUGGUCCUUUCAUGCCCGUUUCAGAAAAUGUCACAGUUAACGUUCCCGAAGAUACUAAUAAUGGUGUUCAAUUUUCAACAAAUAUUAAUCUCUCUUUAGCAAAUGCUAAAGUUGGUGACUCAGGUGUGCUACAAGUUGUUUAUAAUUCAACCACUGGAGUUACUACGUGGUAUCAAUGUGCUGAUAUCCAUGUUGUAAAUGCUAAUGAUGCCAAAUCUGUUGGCGUCAACAUGCAUCUUGAAGUCGCUUCCCUUAUAUUUAGUAUUGCUUCUUUGUUAAUGAUUCUAAAUUAA